GAACUAAGCACCCAUUUCCCUCCUUUAAACCAAUGAUCUUCCGUGAAAUUGGAAUCCAAAAUACCUUUCGUUUGCAUUUUUUAUAAUUAAUUGCUUAAUUCGGACUAGUGAUAACAAUUCCGUCGAAACCGUGGAAAGAUCACCAAGACCUUUUCUCCCAUCUACAUAAACAAACCCCCCCCGCUUCCCAAACACGAACCUUCGGAACCUCUUUUGCCUUUCUACAUACCAACAACUUUCACAUACGACAGAUUCAUAUCAUAAACUUUUGGACUUUCCUGUUCAUUAUCUCGACUUUCAAUUUAAUUACUUUUAAACCCCUUCUCCCAAAUAUCACUCAAAAUGCCACCAAAGGCCGCCACUACUACCGCUGCUGCCCCAAAGGCAAAGGCUGCUCCAUCCGACCAUGCCAGCUACCAAGACAUGAUCAUUGAUGCUAUCAUCAACUUGAAAGAGCGCAAUGGAUCUAGCCGUAUCCAACUCAAGAAGUACCUCAAGGCCAACAACAAGAUCAAUGCCGGUGACAGCAUGUUCGAUUCUCUCUUCAACCGCGCCUUGAAGAACGGUGUCGCUAAGGAGGUCUUCAUCAUGCCAAAGGGUUCCUCCGGCACAGUCAAGCUCGCACCAAAGGCUAAGAAGGCCCCAGCUGAGAAGGCCCCAAAGAAGGCCACCGAGAAGAAGGCUGCUGUCAAGAAGACUGUCGUCAAGAAGCCAACUGCUACCAAGGAGAAGAAGCCUGUCGAUGCUGCCGCCACCAAAGAGAAGAAGCCUGCUGCCCCAAAGAAGGCCGUCGCUAAGCCAAAGGCUGCUGCUAAGCCAAAGGAGAAGAAGGCUACAGUCACCAAGGCAAAGAAGCCCGCCACCCCCAAAGACGCACCAGCAGUUGUUGAGAAGGACACCGUCCUCAAGAAGACCGCUUCUGGACGCGUCACCAAGACCAAGACUGACGCACCCAAGAAGGCUGCUGUUAAGAAGACCGCCACCAAGAAGGCUGCCCCUAAGAAGGCUGCUGCUGCUACUGCUGCUGCAUAAACAUUUCUCCAAUGAGAAACACUUGCAAGCAUCUUUCUUUCUAAUGAACUGUUCAUAAGGCGUUUGGGAAGGAACGGGAUAUCACGCGUGACUGGACCGCGUUCGUUUGUUAUUUGUUGAUUCCGAAUUUUUUGUGCUCUGCUCUGCUAUGGUUCUGGGAAUAUGUUAAAAGCGUAAUUGUUCAAGAUUACUUCUUUCGACAUUUACAGAUACUAGGAAACUAUGUAUUGGACUGAUGGAAUGGAAUGGAUGGGCGUUGGGAGGGUAGGGUUGCUAGAUACUUGUGAUUUUGUGAUAGCGAUUAGUGAUGGACAUCAGAUGUUGUUGUACUUGUACAGAAGAUCAACGACAACCUGAAGGUAGCGGAUUAUAAAGAUUUUUCAAAGUUAUAGUUUUGUGCAUUGCUGUGAUCUGUCUUUCACGUUCUCUUUGCUUGUCAUGUCUUCAUUGUGAUUUAUUGUAUUGUGUUGUCGAUAAGUCCAUUCUAUGUGGUGGGUGGGUUGAUUCUUCAAAGUUGGAUUGGAGAAUUGAGGGUUUUGAGACCUUUUUUGUGUGUAAUCACCGUAUGCAAUUUCUUCUACUCGUAUAGAUAUAUAAAUAAAUAGACAUUUAUCUCCCA